AUGGAGUUUUCGAUUAACUCGCAUAAGCCGAAGAAGCUUGGCUUUGAAAAGUACUCCAACUCAAAAGUGCUAUCCGAUAUUACCAUUCGAUAUGGGGCUCCAGACGAGCUCACUUUCGAAGCUCAUAGACUGUUGCUAAGCGCGAAGUUGCAUUGGUUCGAGGCACCCUUCACUGGAGGACUUGUAGAAAGCGGCGCCAGGGAGAUCACCCUAGUUGGUGAUGACUCCGAUGCUCUCAAGACUAUGCUCAACUUCGCAUACGAUGAGCAGAUGUGCCCUCCAGAAGGAUGGUUACAUGGAGCUUCCACCACGAUCGACUACUUCCUGGGGCUCUAUCGCAUAGGUGAUAAGUACGACUUUCCCGAAUUCCAGGCUCGGAUUGUCUCAUGCUUCAGAAGUUGCAUGUACGCCUGGUUAAACAAUCAGGCUACAAACUCGGAAGAAGACGCCGUUGCGCUUCGAGAGUUUAGCGGGUUUGUCAGCGAAAUAUACAAUCUUGUUGGUCUAGGAUACAAGCCAGACCAUCCAUUGGUAAAAGUUUUGCUAGAUGUAGCAGAUGACCAGGGCUCCGCAAGCAUUCUCAGUAACAACGGGUAUAAACAACCCUUUAAUAACGAUGGCUUCACGAGAAGUAGCAGAGUUCGGAAGAGAUAUCUUGCUUCACUUGAUGGCGAAGACUGGAUCAUCGGGAAAACAUGA